GACGUUCCCAACUCACCCACAAAGACAGGACGUCAGCUUGAAGCUAACCCACCAUCUUCCCUACAUGGCAGUGAAUUAUUAUAGCUUAAUUUUUAAACAGGAAAAAUCCAUGAUCUACGUUUAUUCUGCUAGCAGUACAUAUAGUUUAUGGUUUUAAAUAUUUAGAACCACUCCUGCCUCCGUUGACAUUUAUUUUAUAUUCAUUGCCUGAAAGUUUCUAACAACCCUAUUGAUUAAGCAAGAGGUGAAGGAUACACUAGUCCUGUUUAAGUGCAGAGGAAGUGCGAAGCAACAUCCCAUGGCUGAAAAAGUGAAGCUGUUUGGUGCUUGGGGAAGCCCUUUUAGCCGUAGAGUGGAGAUUGCUUUGGAACUGAAAGGUAUCCCUUUCGAGUAUGUCUCUGAUGACAAGUUUAAGAGUCCUUUGCUUCUGAAAUACAAUCCAAUUCACAAGAAAGUACCUGUGCUCCUGCACAAUGGAAAGCCAAUCCUGGAGUCUCUUAUUAUUCUUGAAUACGUUGAUGAAACUUGGAAAGACAAUCCCAUUUUGCCUGAAGAUCCUCAUGAAAGAGCCAUGGCCCGUUUCUGGGCUAGGUUCAUAGAUGAGAAGUGCAUGCCUCCAGUGUGGAAAGCUCUUUUAGGCACAGGGGAAGAGCGAGAGAAGGCCCUGGAAGAAGUAAGGGAGUGUCUGAAAACACUUGAAAGUGUACUCAAUGGAAAGAGAUUCUUUGGAGGAGAGACGAUCGGACUGCUUGACAUUGCUGCCAACUUCAUUGCCUUUUGGCUUAGGGUCAUUCAUGAAGUUUCAGGACUAGAGUUUCUGACAGCAGACAAAUGCCCUGCGUUGAUCAAAUGGUGUGACGAGUUUGUAAGCUGCAAUCCUGUCAAGGAACACCUGCCUCCUAGAGAUAAGCUGAUUGCCUUUAUGAAAAACUGGCUAUCUGGUGAUGGAUGGACAGACUAAUGCUAUCCCAAAUCAACCAUUUUCCAUAUGAUUUUAUGCCAAAAAUAGUUCUUGAUCAUCUCAUGCCUUUGUUCUAGCAUCUGUUUUCUUCACUAUGUGUUGUAAUCUCUCUGCAAUUUGCAACCUCUAUGAAGUUUUUAUAAAAGAUAAUAACUUUAAAUUUAGGUUAAAAUUGUUUGAUAAGUUAUUUGAUAAAAUAAAUUAUAUAAGCUUUAAUUUUAGAUAAAAUUUACUACAAUGAAUAUUCAUGCUAUC